GAGGCAUCUUCCAGAGCUCCGCGAGUCGGGAUUGGCUGGCUGGCGGGCGUGGCCGGCGGGCUGGCUCCUCCCCCGCCCGGUGGCAGCGUGCGAUCUCCGCCGACCCCCUGCGCCCCCCGCUCGCCCGGUCUGCACGCCCGAGCCCAUGCCCAGAGUGCCUCGCGGCCCGCCAACGCCAUGUGCCUUUCGCACACCAUGGAAGUGGGCAAGCACGGCGCGAGCCAGGGGCCAGGCAGGCGUGGCGGAGUGCUGCUGGAGCCUUUCGUGCACCAAGUGGGCGGGCACACCAGCAUGAUGCGCUACGAUGACCACACUGUCUGCAAGCCUCUGAUUGCCCGGGAGCAGAGAUUCUACGAGUCUUUGCCACCUGAGAUGAAGGAAUUCACCCCUGAGUAUAAAGGCAUGGUGCUGGUGUGCUUUGAGGGCGACAGCGACGGCUACAUUAACCUGGUGGCGUACCCCUACGUGGAGACGGAGGGCCUGGACCACGAAGACCUUCCAGAACGGGACCAACCGCGCAGGAAGCACUCCCGGCGAAGCCUGCACCGCUCCAGUAGUGACCACAAGGAGGAGCGGGCGGCGCACGAGAGCGACAGCACUGAGAGCUUACAGGAGCUGAAGAGCCCUCGCGUGGAGCUGCAGAUCCACUCAGACGUGCCCUUCCAAAUGCUGGACGGCAACAGUGGGCUGACCUCGGAGAAGAUCAGCUACAACCCCUGGAGCCUGCGCUGUCACAAACAGCAGCUUAGCCGCAUGCGCUCCGAAUCCAAGGACAGGAAGCUCUACAAAUUCCUGCUGCUAGAGAACGUCGUGCACCACUUUAGCUAUCCUUGCAUUCUGGACCUGAAGAUGGGCACCCGGCAGCACGGCGAUGACGCCUCUGAGGAGAAGGCUGCCAGGCAGAUGAAGAAGUGUGAGCAGAGCACCUCUGCCACUCUGGGGGUGCGUGUGUGUGGCAUGCAGGUAUACCAAAUGAACACUGGCCACUAUCUGUGCAGGAACAAGUAUUAUGGCCGGGGCUUGUCCAUCGAGGGCUUCCGCCAUGCACUCUACCAGUUUAUGCACAAUGGCAGCCAGUUGCGGAAGGACCUCUUUGAGCCCGUCCUGGGCAAACUGCGCAAUCUGAAGGCCGUGCUGGAGCGCCAGGCCUCCUACCGCUUCUACUCCAGCUCCCUGCUGAUCAUCUACGAUGGCAAGGAACUGGGGCCCGAGCCCUGGCAGAAGCCAGCCGAGGCAUCGCCUGAGAGGGACACCAGCCUCGGCCCCAACCCCGUGGCACACGGCUCUCCAGAGACAACCCAGCUGCCCGCUGACUGUGCCCACCCACGCCAGGAGCCCCCUCCCCCCUCAGAGCCCAAGCGCCCACCCCCCAAAGUGGAUGUGCGCAUGAUAGACUUUGCCCACAGCACCUUCAAAGGUUUCCGCGACGACCAAACGGUGCAUGAUGGGCCCGACAGGGGCUACGUGUUCGGACUGGAGAGCCUGAUCAGAAUUCUGGAAGGUAUCCGAGACGAGAGCCAGUAGCUGGAACAGAUGCCCCGCCCCCUGCUCUCCACCUUCCCCGGAGCCCGCAGCGCCUCCACUCUCAUGGAAACGCAAGGAGGCCUUUUCCCAGACAGAAGCACAUUUAUGUCUGAGGAGGCUAGGGAAUGUUGUCUUCCUUGGCAAUAAACAGUCUGGAAAUGAAGAUGUUAAGGGCCCUGAUAACAUUCACUCUUGUCAUGGAUCAGCGGGCUAGAAAACAGUAACAACCUCCAGCUAGAUCCUUUGCCUGAUUGGAUGUGGCUUCAGCCCCUAGGAAAAUACAGAGACAUACCCCUCAAGUGGGCACAUAGCCACCAUGUGGCCAACACAUGUAUUUCAGUAUAUCACAGGCCACGAAUAACUAGUCACAGCUCAGGGCAAGUCAGGGGUCAAGCUCUUUCUUCACCAUAGGGAUGGUGUUGGGGUUGGGGGGCGGGGGGAUAUAAGGGUGACAUCCCUUUAAAACAUUUGUCUCAACAGGUUUAAGGUAUUCCCAUUAGAGUCUGAAAGGGGGAACUUACAUGGUAGGAAUAGUUUCAAAAGCUUUCCUAGCAGAAAAGUUAUCCAAGUUAAACCCAACUCAACAUCACGCCACAGCUUUUUUAGAAGAAAACAAUAUAAUACAGAUCACAGUUUUUAUUUUUUGCAAGUUUUUUUUUCCAGCUUUCCUUUCAGAUCUGUUGGAUCAUUUAAUUUACUUUAUAUAUAUAGACACAUAUAUAUAUAUACAGUCAUGUAUAAAAAGGUAAUGUAGUUCAUCAUUUAAUCUGAUUAGCCUCUCUGGCUUUUCUAGUCUGUAUCUUGCAAGCUGCCCCAUGUUUUGUUUUUGUUCAGACUCUCCCUUUAAGGGUUUUAGGAGAGCAGUUUAGACUGGUCAUCCAUUAUUCUGGGAUUAUUCAGCCACUCCUCUGUGCAGAGUGGUUGGUGAUCUUGGAAGAAACCGUGUCUUGUAAUCGCAUGUAGAAGUGAAUCAGACAAACUACAGUUACGAUGUUUUUUCUUUUGGUGUUUUUGGUCAAGGGGUUGAAAAAAACCGCGAGUCAAACCUUUUAAACUCCAUCAGCACAUGUAGCAAAAACGAGACAAAACUGAUUGUUCUGUUCUGCUGUUCUGUCUGUUGUCUCUACCAUGACUAAGGAAGGUCCUUCAUUCAUAGUGUUGCAAGGGUAGAUUGUUCUUUGUCAAAAUGAAACAAGUUUGCACUGUAGACAGAACCUCUUUUAGAUUGUAGUUUUUCUUUUUUAAUUUUGCACUGUCAUGUCCUUCUCUGGCAUACUGUGAAGUUUAGGUGUGUGGAUAAUAGGAUUAUUAAGGAGGUGUGUCAUUGAGAAACCACAAUCUUUGUUGCAGUCAUGUGCAUGCACAGUUUUACUCCUGUGCUCUGUUAGCAUAAAUGUUUUAGACCUAGAUUUCCAAUUACAGAGGAGUAUUAAUGAUCGACAGAUGUCCUUCAUGUGAAGCAAAUCUUAUAUGGUACGUGUUGAAAUACAGGCCACCCAAGUUGUGACUGUUGUUUUUUGUACUAAUUUUUAACUUCAGAAAUUCUUUAUUUUUAUUACCAGGGUGGGCACCAGUGGUAACAUUAAAGUUACUGGUGUGAAACCAGAAUUUUUAUUUCAAUAACUGCAAAUAAACACUUUUCUUAAUUUUAAUUUUAAAAUGCCGUUUUAAGUGUAUAACAGAACUGUAGAGAUAGCAUACAGAUUGUAGUUAGGAAAGGAUUCCCCAAAGGGAAAGUCAUUCCUUAAGUAAUGUACUGUUUCUGACAUCUCUUAGCAUAGUGAUAUGGGUGUUGAUAUUGAUGUCUACCAUUCCUGUGCUAGCAUUCCUGAUUGCCUAUCUUUCAGUGCCAAAGCUAACUUACGGUCUUCCAUUUUGGUGAUUUUUCUGAGACCAGCAGAACUGACUACUUUUCUUCAGUGCCCACUGCUUCAGAAACUAAUGAUUGUUGCUGAAAAUUCUCAUUUUUAAUAACGUUUUAACAAUUUUUUCUUCUGUCAUUCUGGGGCAACUGGUCUCAAAAUUUAGUGAAUUUUUAAUUGCCUAAAUAAUAUUGCAUGGCUUGGACUACAUUUCCUUUGAAUUUGAUUCAUAGGAAUUCCUUUACGUAGUGCAAUCUGCUACAAAUCUUCUGGGUACUAGUCUUUUCCAAUUAAGACUGUCAUGCUUUUGAUGUAUAUUUGCAGUCAAAACUCUUUGGAUUGAAAGUUGCAUCCUAGUAGACAGAUUAGUCAUAUAGAAACACAUACUAGUAAUGUGAAAUAUAUAUUUUAUUCUUUAUUUAAAAUAUUUUAGCAUUUCAAAAAUAGCCUAGUUUGUGCUGUUUCUUUCUAUUGUGGAGUUCAGUCUCUAGUAAAAUUGAACUUCUGCUAUAUGCCAGAGAAGGUAAGAUUGGGCCAAAUUAAAAGAAAUAAAAAAGUCUGCACUCUUUAAAGGGGAUCGGUUUAAAGUCAUAAAACCCUCCUCUUUGUUGGAUGUUUAUUGCCAGUCUUUCCAUAGAAAUGAGUCAGAUGAUUAGUAGAGAAAUAUAUUGCCCCAAAAAUUCAAAGUAUCUUUUUUUUGUUGCAUGGAUGGAUAUUUUUUUAAGAAGAAAUAUAAAAUGACAUCUUUAUGACAACUUUGAAUGUGAACUAAAACAAUUAUUUAAAAAAAUGUGUCUCAUCUCUUUUGUUAUUUAUGUGUAUAUAUUAGUUUUAGUGAUUGACAUGCAACACAUCUGGAACAGUACACUUAAGAAAAACACUGAAAGAUUCUACUACUGUGCUGCACAUCAGCAGAACUGAACUGUAUUUUAAUCUAAUUUAAUCUUUUAUAAUAUCUGGUGUACAGGGAGCAUACAUUUUAUUUAAAAGGGCCUGAAUAUAUUUUUAUAUGUUUUUCAUCUGGGUCCAUUUUUCUAGAGCACCUUAGGGAGUCUUUGGAUUAAUAAAGGGUGCUACAGGUAUAUGAAUCCAUGUUGUUAAUUUUGAUAGGAAAACAAUCUUGCAAUUUGAAAUUUGGAUGUACCAGUUAUAAAUCAGUCCUUUAAUAGGGAAUCCUGGCUACAUUACAUUUUCACACCAGACAUCAAAUGCCUGUGUCUUGUCAUGUCUGGGCAGCUUUAUAGUAGUUUAUUUUCCGAAUGUAUAGCAGUGCAAAGAAAGCAGUUGCCAAGCCCAGUGGCAUAGAUUCAUUGUAUUAGAAUGUUCAUGUAACAAUGUUAGAGCAAUGUACUCCCUAGGAUUAAGCCAAUAAAUGGUUAAUAAAAAUCCUACCAAUGUUUUGCAGCAUAACAGCACUGGCAAGUGACAGAAACUGGAUUUUAUUUGUAAUUGCUCAU